GAAGGCACGACGAUAUUCAUCCGUUGGUGAAGGCUCACAGUCAGUCAGCCCUGUUCGCUGUUUGCUCUCUUGCUUUCAUCAUACUCUUUACUCUGUUUCUUGUUUUCAACCUCAUUCAUUAUAAGGCCAUAUUUCGAUGAUAACCGAGUAGUCCCCAGCAACUCUGGACACGCUCCUCUCAAGUUUCUGGGGUUCUGAGAUAGCCGCUGAGAGCGAGGAGAAGCGCGGCACUUCUCUCUGGAGUGUUCGGGGACGGAGGAUGGCAACACAAGCUACAUCUCCGCCAGCUGGCGUACCAUUGCAGAAUGGUACAAAUGGUGCAAAGAGUCCUAAUCCAACCAUCGCUCAUCCAUACGGCCAAACACCAGUACCUCUGCCAAGCUAUGCUCCUACUUCGCGAUCUGCGUCAGUCGCCUCUACUCCUACUGCGCAAAAGCAGAGCGCUUCGCCCUCACCAACAACUCCUUUUCUCCCACCAGGACAUCACCAAUCACCGCCAAUGCAGACAAAUCAUUUGAACCAGACAAUUUCACAGCACUCUCAGACGCAGAUACUCAACGCCCCAUCGCAGGCACAAGGUCUGAUGUCGCCAACACUGAAUCAGCUGCCGCACUCCGUCGAGUCAUCAAAUCACUACCAUGAGUUGACUGCUUUAGUCGAGAAAACGCCGGCUGACGUUGUUCGCCAAGUUGUUCGAGACAAAUGGGAAAAGUCUCUUGCGGGCUCACAGUAUCACAUUGCUUUCUUGUUGAAUGCGACUAUGCACCAAGCAUCUCCCGAGACUAUUGCUAAGGCCGUCCAGGAGUUCGGUGCAAGCCUGGUACAAAAGUCUAAGCGCGAGUUAUUGGGUCACCUUAACGCCAGUGACUUUGACGAGCUCGCCGACUUGAUACUCCCUCGGGUUAGUACACAGUUUCUGGACAGGGCCCUUGCAAGGCGUCUGGAGACGAUACCAGCCCGUCAGCUUGUCAACGCGUUGGCGCGUGCAGAACGGCUGGGCUACGAUGUCAAGGAUAUCGUCCAAGAGCAUAAUGAGCAUGUCAUCCCUUCUUUGCACUCAUUGCCAGUGCAGCCACAGCCGCAGCCCAUGGGGCCUCUAACAAACACGGCACUCAGUGCGAGGCAAUACCAUAAUCCCCCCGUCGCUUCGCAAACUCCCCCACCGCCAAUGCAAUAUGUUAAUGAACCAGCGACUCAAACUCCGACGAGGUACCCGUCAGAACUUCCAGGGCUCGUUUGGUGCAAGUGUGGUUGGCCAUGUGCUUCGCAAGCGGCACUCGACUAUCACCACAAGAAGAGCGCCUGCAACAGAAUCCAAGCAAAUGACGUAGCUGGGAGAGAUAUCUGCCUCUUUUGCGGUUGCAGAUUCGGCAGUGGCGGUGGUUUACUCUACCAUGAGAAGUCUAACGUCUGCGGAAACCACGCUCGCGUCACUGCUGAAAUGAUGCGGAAGUUGCUUCUCGCUCUUCGUCCUGAGAAUCCGCAGCCUCCUGUGCCAGACCCCUCUUCUCAAGUUACACGCAUCCCUUAUACCCAAGUGCCUUUACCGCCGAUUCAGCCCCAAACGACCUGGGCACACUCAACGACAUCAUAUCCUACUGGGACUCCAAGUCGUGAUUCGGGUCGCGAUCCAUACGCCCACCUCAGCCCGGAAGAUUUGAAGAGGUUCAAUGAUAUCAUGAAGAGUGCAGAAGCAAAAUACGGAGGUCUAAUGAAAGAUGCUAUGCUCCUCAACGAGCCAGAGAGAUCGAAACGAUUGGCAAGUCUAAAAAACUCAUAUAACACAAAGCAAAGCACCACUCGCAAGAAAUUUGGUAUCCGACUUCGCGAGAGGCGAACCCGAGGAGAGAUUGAAGCUGAGGAGGCUCGACUGAUGGGGACUCCAAGUGGCACCGCGACUCCACCGGCUACAGCCGCAUCUGACGGCGAUAUUCGCUCAAGGAAGAGGGCACGAACCGACGAUGACCAGUCGCCGUCAUCGAGCGCGACUAAAAGGACUCAAGAAAGUCCCCAGAAGAGGGUCCCUGUGUCAGAGAUGGGCGGACUCUCGGGGUCAUCAGCAACCGCAGAACUCACAGAUCCUACGGCAUACUUGAACCCAACUCAGCCCCGUUAUGCGCCAUCAAAAACAGCCGCCCUCGGUGGCCAGUCUAGGGUGUUUGGUUCUGCAGAGCGAACCAGACCGUCGAUGCGAGGGACCCUCGAUGAUCCCAUGUCAAUUCACGACGACGACAAUUCGGAAACAGACAGUGAUAGCGAUAGUGAUAGCGAGGGCGACAUUCCGGCUACUAUCUCCUAAUUUUACAGAUUCGCAAGCAUGAGCAUGGCGUUUGGGAUUACACGAUUUGAUACCCCUGACAUCAGGAAGUGAACGCACAGGAAAGUCAGGAUUGGGGUGCAUUGGGGACGGAGUUAAAUAAGCAUUUUGACGGACGCCGGUUAACAUAAACAAUGAUGCUGCGCCAAAUCAACAAAAAGACCAAUGGGAAUCUUGGGAGGGCAAGACAUCAGAGUUGCUUCCAGGACAACUGGGUUUUGGCUGCGAGCACUGGUUUCUAAAUGAUCUUUGGUCGAAACAGGCGUCGAAAAAAUAUCCUUAAGGGUAUAUAUGAGCGUGUACAUAUUGCACUAGGGGAUCUCGACGCGAAAACAGUUUUGGAGUCAAUAGGUAUCAUCAAAACGC